CUGCACCACGACCUUUGCAAGAACUGCUCAACGCCGUGCCUGUCUCGGCCUCUCCAUUGCACCGUGUCUUCUCCCGCCGCUCCCUCCACAACCCUCAAGACAAACACAAAUUUCCUCCCCUGCCGCCAUACCUUCUUUUCUUACUUCCCCCCCCCAAGUCCCCUCCAAAGUUCCUCAUCCAUCAAACACGCGCGUCUGAUCGCCCGUAACUCAAUCCCGUGUUCCCUCCGCACCUCGUCCGCCCUUCCACCAUGGUUUCGCGCAAGCGUGCCAGGGAGGAAACGGAGGAGCACUCGGUCUCCGCUGUGGAUUCCGGCGUUUCUCACGAACAUGGGGGACUCCUGCAUCGGCUGCGCAACAUGUGGGAGUUUGCCAAUCUCGUCGAGUACAUCUUCUUGUUCGGCAAGUCCAUGAAGAUAGACGAUGAUUUCGACAUCGAGGAUUUGGAGACCGAGUGCCUGAAACCUGGACACUCGGAGAAGUUGCUCGAAAUCGGCUUGUCGCUACUCAAGUUUGUCUCCUCGCACCGCGGAUUAAAUCGAGAAAAUUUCGAAGAAUACACCCGCCGCCAGUAUAACGCAAAGGCACCCGGACGAAACCCAUUCGGCGAUGAAGAACAGCCGAAGAAGUUCCACGAGUUCGAUAUGUUCGAAAAGAUACGCAUCCUGCAGCAGCUGGCUACCUGGACGCUAUGGAACCCGGAGAAAUUCCGCGAAAGGAUGCCGGAACAAAAGGAAACGGAGCAGACUCAAUGGCGCAUUGAAGAAUUGGGCUAUGAUCGCGAUGAGCGACUCUACUACCUUCUCGAUGAUAACAGACUGUAUCGCCGUACUGAGCCUCCUAUUCCGCCACCCAGACCUGCCAAGCCCAAAGCAAACUCCAAAAAGGGGAGGGCAGCUGCGCGAGCUGCGAAACGCAGGAAGCUCGCUGAAGAUGAAGUGAAGAGCGAGGAGGAUGGUCAAGCGAACGGCGACGCCACCGAAGAUCCAUCCAAAGGCUACAAGUGGGAGUGCAUUGCUAUCACGCUUGCUGAAUACAACGCAUUUAUCGAAAAGCUUCGAAAGUCCAAGGAUCCAAACGAGCAAAUUCUUCGUGAUCGUAUUGUGAACGACGUCAUCCCAGUAAUAGAGAAGGCUGAAGAGGCGCAGCAGAAGAAGAUUCAGCGCAGGGAGAAAGAACUAAUAAAUCUUCAAAAACUCGCGACGGCGAAGAGAUCUAGUAGAAUUGCAAACAAGCAGGAAAAGGAACGCCAAGAGCUUCUUGCUGCCGAGGAGGCAAAGAAACACGAGGCUGAGCGUAUCGCUGAGAAGAAGCAACAAGAGUUGAGGGAGCAAAUUGAGAAAGAGCGUAUCUAUCGUCUCAUGACGCGAGAGCAACGACUCAAGGAUCGCGAGGAGAAGAGGAGAUUGCACGAAGAGCAUCUUGCUAAAAUGGAAGAGCAAGCGAAGAAGUUAGAGAAUGGAGAGGCUAGGCUUUCAGAACGACAGCUUAAGGCCAUGAUGGAGAAAGGCAAACAAGAUCUCGAGGCUCUGCAGGGUGAAGAGUCAUGGUUUUUUGACUGCUCUGUCUGUGGAGUGCAUGGAGAGAACUUGGAUGAUGGCACUCAUAGCGUCGCCUGUGAAAAGUGCAACGUGUGGCAGCAUAGCCAGUGUCUCCGCAUCCCGAAGGAAGAGGCAGAGAAAGAUGACUUCCAUUUCAUCUGCGCGGAUUGUCAACAACGUAUUGAAGACGCUAAACGGCCGAAACUCCCGCCCUUGAAGUUCCGCAUUCUGGCAUCCGCGUCGCCACCAUCCGCUGAGGCUACCAAGGCCAACGAUGAAAAACGGAAUCGCCAGCCUGAUGAGUCUCCCGUCAAGAAGCCCAAGAAACCGCGUCCCACUCCCUCCGCUCAGGCCCCUGCGUCGCAGCCUCCAGGUGCUCCCGAAAUGCAUCCCGGUGUAAAUGGUCUCGCAAUCUCGCAGCCCCAGGGAACAUAUUUCUCUCCCGCUCAGAUGAUCCCGAACGGGAUUCCAGGAGCACAUCCUUCACCACGCCCAGUGCAAAAUGGGACAAUUUAUCAGCCUAUCCAACCGCAACGCCUCCCUCCCAUUACAGCUCAACCCAGCCAUCCAGGGUUCCCAGCUCACCAAGUUUCUGCUGGGCAACAACCCGAACCACAGCUCAAAUUUAUCCAACAUUACGCCACCCCAUCUCAACCCCACUCAACAACUACCUCUUUCAACUCUCAGCGUCCCUCUUCCUCCUACUCAGCCCAUAGCAAUUACCGCUCCCCCAUCCAGAAUCGCCCAUCUAUGUCUCCAACGCAAGGGAAUCGUGAUGUUGGGCCGUUGGCCGGUUUUCCUCCGUCAGCAACCCCGGACGGCGCCAUUCCCAGCACCCCUUUUAACCAUAACCAAGCGCAUCAUGUUGCUAGCUCCCCAUACGUUAACCAAACCCCUUCUGCUUCUUUCUCUGCUACGCCUCGUGCUUCCUUUGCUCACACACCUCCCCCUAAUUAUUCUCAGCCCGUCGCCAUGUCAGGUCUCAGCCCAACGAAGCAGUCACCUCCUCGCGCGCCCCUGGCCUUCUCCCCCAACAUAGGACAUACAGCUAUUCUCCCUCCCGUGCAGAAAUUACACCCCAGCCCUAAGCUGAUGGGUCGAUCAUCUCCAGAUGCUCCCAUUCCAGCCCCGGUUAAGAGCAUGACUCCUGAACAGGAGGAUCGAAGGCGGAGGGAAAUGGAAUUUUCGGCUCAAAACUUGGCAUGUUCGUCAGGUCCGAGUGAUAGCCCGCUCCCACGGCCUCCUAUUUUACAUCCCACGCAGCCAUUACCACAUCAAGCGGGCGCUGCUAUUGAUAGAUCGUUUAGUGGAGGCAGUAGCAAAUAAGUGCCCAGCUUUUCCUUGCUCAUAGCGGCUGGGAAAGCUUUGAGCUAUUGGACGAGGCUCGUUUGGUCCCUGGAAGUAUGUAUAUCUCCUUUCACGAACGACAGUUUUCCUUUAUUUUUCUAUCUUUCUUCGUGAACAUCCGUCAUGAUGCUCAUUUCUUUAAUACGUCACAUCUUCUAAUACAUACACUAUGCAUUUCUACCAAAAGCAUGUACGUCUUUACACAAUAUCUUCUUCACUUCGUCAUGUGGUUGGCUUUCUCAUUUUUGUAUUCGGCGUCUUGCAUUGGGAUGGAGAAUUGAACAGGAUAGACCUACUUUUUCUGUUUGGUGUUGUUUUGCUUCCUUUUUGUUUCUCUCUGAUUGUGGUCUAUAAGAGUCUUUGAAGGACAAACAAUUCCCUAUACUGGCCUUGAAGAGUUAAACUGUACAGUAAUGGUUACGGUCACAGCUACGAUGCAUUUGGCCUUUUGGCGAUGUAUAAUA